UGAAAGUGGGGCAGGGAUUUUUCAAUCUUAAAAAAAGAUCCUUAAAAAAAAACUUCCCUCAAAGAAUCCUGGGAUUUGUAGUUUGUUAAAGGUGCUGAGAGUUGUUGGAAGACCCCGUUCCCCUCACAGUGCUACAGUUCUCAGAGUGGUUUAACACUAAUCCCUCUUCAGAGGGAAUUCUGGGAAUUGUAGCUCUGUUAAGGUGAAUAGUGGUCUCCUAACAACUAUCAGCACCCUCAACAAACUACAGUUCCCAGAAUUCUUUGGCGGGGGAGUCAUGACUGUUUAAAGUCAUGUGAUACUGCUUUAAAUGCAUAGUGCAGAUGACACCAUGGUAAAGCUCUGUGCAGUUAACAAGAACGGACUUUGGGGGUUCAAGUGGAAAACUGACAAAACACUGUACACUGGUGAUUAAUAUUUAAGUGCUGGAAUCAUUCCACAUAAAUAUCUUGGCACCUGCCUCCAUAUUAAUCAUUGAGCAUAUCUGAAAACUGGAUAACAGCUUUUAGAACUUAGUAACCUACUCCCCAGCUGUCCUUGCUUUAGCUUCACAUACAGUGCCUGAGUGUUAAGCACAAGAUACCCAAAAACAUAUCCUGAUAGGCAGUGGCGGAAAAGGUAAGACUUGGGUGCAAACUAUGCCUGGGGAGUAGUUGAGCAAAUAUGUAGAGGUUGAACAUAAAGUCUCCUGUUAGGAAAAAUAGUCCAUGUAUGUUAGGGACAAAGGGGCUGUCGUAUACUGAGUGAGACUAUUGGUCCCCCCAGUUCAGGAAUUGUCUAUGGACUAGCAGCAACUUUUCAAAUGGGGGGGACGACGUUUUCCCAGCCCUAAGUGGGGUGGCCUUCAUCUGAGCCUCACUGGGCGGUUUUUGGCAUAAAACAAGUAAAAUAAACUAUUAAGACAUAACCACAACACAUUAAAUGAUAGAGAGUAAAAUUCCUGAAAAUAACAAGGUAUUUGGCUGAUGCCCAAAGGAUGACAAGGUAGGCCUCCCUGAGGAUGGAUUUCUAUACAGGGGUGCCACCACUGAGAAGGCUCCCUCUGGUCACCUGGAGAACAGGAUCCAAGCACUUGGAGAACAGGAUCCAAGUUAUGCCUCUGAAGCAAAGGUAGCCUGGCCCUACCAGCUCUCUGGAUGGAAAAGCAACUGAGAACAAUGAGAAAUAUGCUCUGAGCCAUAUGCAAAUGAGAUGAGCAGUGACAAACUGAACAAAUGUACCGGUAAUUUUAGGGGGAAAGCAUUGGUACUCACCCCCCACCAGUACAUUAUUAAGUUGUAUUCUCUUAAAAUAUUUGCUCACUGCUAAAAUUAGCUCUUGAUUAAGGGGUUUAUAUACUUCCCAUAGGAAGUCUCACUAACCUAAACGAAUUAUGGACUACAGCAACCUGUAAGGACUUGUUCGGUGACAAAGUACAGACUUUGUAUGCAGGCAUUUCUAUUCCUUGCCCCCCCCCAAAAAAAACCCUGAUUCCUCCUCUUGAGAUCUCUGAGCUGCUGCUAGACAGAGUACGGAGCACCGGACUAGCUGGACUAAUGGUUUGACUCAGUAUAAUACAACUUUGUAUGUUCACAGUAAUCUCCUCUGCUAUCUAAAUGAAUUUUACCCCCACACCCCCUACACUAUACCCUUGUGCCCAAUUGACAGCAUGUGUUAGCAUGUGUUAGCGAACUCUCAAAUGCAUUUAAAACAAGAUGAAGAUGCACAACAACUUUAUGAUUAAAACAUAGUAUUUAUUUUGCAAAGCAUGCUAUUCACUGGUUGUUUUAUGUUGGUUUUUUGCUUUUAAAUAUAUUGAUUCCUUCAGCUGAAAUUAGAUAGCAUGAAACUCUGGAUUAUUCUGCUGGCUGUUGCAGUCAGCACAGAAGAAAUACAAAGACAGAACAGUUGCAAUGAAAGGUUUCCUGGGAUCCCUGGGAACCCUGGACACAACGGCAUACCAGGACGUGACGGACGCGAUGGACCAAAGGGUGAAAAAGGAGACACAGGUGAACCAGGACAUCCUGGAAAAUCAGGCACAGAUGGCAUAAAUGGAGAAAAGGGAGAUUCAGGAGCUGAUGGCAGAGUUGAAGAGAAAGGGAACAAAGGCAAUAAGGGGUCAAGAGGCUGGCCUGGGAAAUUUGGCCCUAAGGGAAUUCCUGGUCCUGUGGGUGAUAAAGGUCAAAAGGGUGAGCUAGGACUGCAAGGACAAAAGGGGACAAAAGGGGACAUUGGGCCCAUUGGCCCAAAAGGACUUAAAGGUGAAAUUGGAGUCCAAGGCGAAAUAGGCUUAAGGGGUCCCGUUGGACCAAUUGGCCCCAUUGGUCCAAAAGGAGAGAUGGGAGGCCCAGGUCCAAAGGGCAGUAGAGGAAUCCAGGGAGAAAGGGGAUGGAAGGGAGACAGGGGAGAAAAGGGAAAACUUGGUAGUACCCCAGUCAUCCCGAGAAGUGCCUUCAGUGUAGGUCUCACCACUAAGUUUCCUCCUCUCAACGUUCCCAUCAAAUUUGACAAAGUGAUGUAUAAUGGCUUAAACCAUUAUAACACAGCCACUGGAGUAUUCACCUGCCAGAUUCCUGGUGUCUAUUACUUCACCUACCACAUCACUGUCUAUUCAAGGAACGUUAAGGUAGCUCUGAUUAAAAAUGGGAACAGGAUGCUCCACACCGCAGACAGCUACCAGAGUGGUGAAGACCAGGCCUCAGGAGCGACCAUCUUGGAGCUGCAGAAAGGUGAUCAGAUAUGGCUGCAGACCCACGGGACUUCUAAUGGUUUGUUUGCAGACCCUGAUGAUGACACGACCUUCACAGGCUUCCUUAUAUUUAGUACCUCAGAGACAGCAGCGCCUAUACCACUUCUUAGUUUGUGAUCUGUUUUGUUUCUAAUGUGAUGCCAAUUAUGCAUACUAUUACUUAUUUCUCACAUCGAGAUUUGUAUGGCAACAAAGCUCACAAGAGCAUAUUA